GACGUCAACGUCACACUAGUUGUCACAGUCGUUGAUGUAACUAUGAAUAACAACAAAACGCAGAGGCAGAAGACGAUUGGCUCCAGACAUUACUCGAUACUCAGUCAGCCCCGCAGUCACGACCCCCUCUGCCAGGCCAGCGGUGAGACAGAGAGCCAUUGGAGAGAGGGGGAUGCUCCUGGGAGACGUCCUCAGGCUCAGCUGCUGCCGAGGCGAAACCUGAGGAGGGUGCAGAGCCUGCAUACAAAUCUCACCCACGGCCAGCCACCCAGACCACAUAAAACCCGACAUUCUUUCAAGAGUUAUGCUCGCUUAGCAACAAUUUGCAUUCAUUUGUGCAAACUGAGCUUACAAAGCGUGCAAGGCGCGCGUGACGAGUUUCUCUCCGUCCUUCAAGUUCUCGAUGACUUCGGCUCCACCAUCGACAAGCAGGGGCCCUUCUUUGAUCAGGCUGAUUAUCGAGCAAACACACAGGAGCGUCUGGCACACGAGGCGAAGAGGAUACUGCAGAUGGAACCGAAAACAAGGACAGAGAGAGAAAUCAGAUACCUGCUGAUUGUUCUGAGAAACAUUCCAGCCUUCGCUGAGUACCCGAUGCAGAUGCAGUGGAAGCUGUGUCAGGUUGGCUGGUACGAGAGCUACGAGCCGAGAAGGGCCAUUAUCCGGGAAGGACAUCCCCCACACUCCUUCUACUUCAUCCUGUCUGGAUCUGUGCUGGUGACAGAGUUUGAGGCUGGCACCACACGGACACUGGUGAAACUGGAACGAGGCAUGUCGUUUGGAGAGCUCGCUGUGAUCACUGGUAGCAGACGACAAGCCACUGUCAGCACCAGGUCGGACGUGGAGCUGCUGUGUAUAUCGACACUGGAUUUCGAAGAUAUAUUUAUGGCGGGAGGACUCAAGACGAUCAUGGAUCCGGACCAUAAAUCAUUCCUAAGAAGCGUCGGCUUCCUGAAGAACUGGCCGCUGCAGACGCUGCUGUACAACCCCCAGGCGUGCGUGUUCCACUACUUCAACCGCGGUCAAGUCCUGGUCAGGGACAGUAACAACUCCGACUGGAUCUACAUUGUCAAGUCGGGAAGCCUGUCCGUCUUGAAAAAGUUGCGUUACACAGUGCCACAGGACUUGGGAGCUGGACAGCAGUACAAGCAUGGGAUACCCAUCCAUGUUUCUCUGUGUAGUAAAAUGUCUGUCAUCGCUGUCUGUAGCAUCCUUGAAGUCCGACGUCAGCGUGCAUCCCGCCGUGCAUUGCGAGAGAAGCGCGUGCCGCAGGUGCGCAGCCCCGCCGUGGAAACGUUUCGCAAUCAGGUGGAAGCUGAGAAACGAUUGGAGCAGAGUUUGCCAGGGCUGUACAAUGCCAAAGAUCGUCUGGGCAUCAUUGAUUACGACAGAGUCAUCAAGGAGUACAGAUCGCGCGUCGUCGCGAAACCUUCCGAGACUUUGAAACUUCCCAAGUUACCUCCCACUGUACGCGGAGUCAGCGCCCCUGAGCGAGAAUCCCUGGAUGGAGCAGCGAAGGACUUGUUACUGUCAUCAGACAUAGACAAAGAGACAAUAGCUUCUGCUAGGGUGACUGAAGACUCCGGAAGCGAGUCAGGAGGGACGGAGGAGAGGCAGGAAGAAAAUCGACUGAUCAGAAAAACCUCCAAGGGAGUGUACCUGGCUCCAUACCCUGCCAGACCCCGACACGACAAAUCACACCUGCCCACUCGGACUAGUUUGCCUGCACCUGGCAACGCGGCCAGCGUGUCCAUGGCAACAGACGCGGAGAUGAAUGCUCGGCACCAGCUAUCAGUAAUGGCAGAAGUCGACAGACUCAACGUUGAUUAUCAACGGCGAUUCCGAGAACGGGUGGGGCGCAAAACGAUAGCAGAAACUCUGGACUACAAAGGGUCACGUGACUUCAAGUACACUGAUGUCGACCUCAAUCCAACGUUUAUCCUCGUGCAAGUCUUAGAGAGAGGACAGUAUUUUGGCCUCAGCCAAGUGGUGUACCCUGACCAGCCCAGCGUGUGUCUGGUCAGCAAUGGCGCCGAGUGCGUGGUGCUGUCCAAGCGCUUCUUCCUGGACCACGCCAGCGACACGUGCGUGCGGCAGGCCAAGCAGUCGGAGUGUCCGUACCCCAGUGAGGACAUGCUUCAAAGUCAGCUACAAGACUACGUCAACUGGGAGGCCCACCGAGCUCGUGUGUACCGCCGUCUGGUCACAGACAUCCGCCAUCGACAGGCCCGCAGAAAGCAGUAUGUGCCGCACCUCCCUGGACAGUACUCCUUCCGCUCCGGGACUAUAUGAUGGGUUAACACUGAAAAUGUUAAUGUAGACAUCAUGUGGUUUAAAUCCCAGGUUUUCAAACUGUGGUACGCCUACCACGGCUGGUACUCGAAGGUAUGACGGGUGGUACGCGAACACCAUGUUUCAGUCCUAGACUAGUAUAUAAUUAUAUUCGUAGGGGGUAGAGGUGGGAGGUGCUACUCAGUCAAUUCAAAUUUUCGGAAGUGACACUCGUCUGGAAAGGUUUGAAAACCGGGGGUUUAAAUGGAUCUCAACUUCUCUAAUUGAGUUUGAAGGUGCUCCUAAGAGGACUACCCAUGUUUGUGUUAAGAACAUCAGAAAGGUGCAUCGAUGAUAUUUUGGACUAUAAGGAAGACAGAAUGAAAACCAUAACUAGUUCAUUUCAGGUGUUGUAGAGGCAAGCUAGCAAUCAUGGACUGUGUGUAUUUUGAUGCCAGAUUUGAAUGGUUUGAUUAACAUUGAUAAUAAACAAAAAUAAUUUC